AUGCGCGCGUGCGCACACACACAUACGAAACAGUUCAGCUAUCCGAUCCGGUUACGUCGUGUCCUGAUACUUACCGCUCCGCUCUGGUUUCGCGCCUCGUUCCGCAUGUUACGCGGGUUCAUUCGGGACCAACUCCGGGACAAAGUGAAUGUGCUUCGACCAUCACCCGGUACCAAACUAGAUGCCCUGAGCCACCCGGAUUUUGUCGCUCUUCGACGUGAUCAUUACGCCUGGUUACAAACUGCACUUGUGCGUACCGGCUGGUUGCUUGGUGAUUCCGAUCAGACAAUCAAACCAAAUGGACAUAAACCGCAGUCAGCUGCCGCGUUCUUCGGUCAGUCAUCCGCUCACAACGCAUCCGGUUCCAGUUUGGAUCUAAGCGAUGCGGACAGUCGAGACGACGAAGAAUCGUUAAGCGGUAAUCCCAUGGAGGAGGAUGAUGUGAUGAGUUUAAGCGAUAUGGAUCCGUUUGCACUUUCCAGUUCCUAUUCCAGCGAAACAGAUGGAACAGAUGCGGAUUCUCGAAACGAAUUGGACGGUGUGAUGUGCGCGACUGAUAGUCGCGAUCCGAAUUCGAGUACUGGAGGGCAUUUGUCACCGCGUGAAUUGGGAUCACAGAAACUCCGGGGAAAUAGUCCGCGCAGUCCCUGCGGUACGGAACAAUCCAAACCGAACUAUACGGAUAAUUUGCAAUCCGAAGCGUUGAAUCCGACACACGAAGAACACGCUGGAACACCGACGCCUCCGUCUGUGGUUAAACGUAUUCUUUUGACCAACGGACCCAGCACCAUCUCGGGGUCGACCACGAUCACGCGUCCACGUACUGUGCACACUUCUCCGGAUAAAGAUAUGGGAUUCAGUGAGAAUUCCCUAUCCCCUUUGGCCGUCGAGUCCACUACUCCCACAGCUGAUAUCUUGCCAGGACCAAUCAGUCUACAGGAUCCAGUUAAUGUGACCACCAAGGCGUGCACCACAAUUCGGCAUCGAAAUUCUGCCGGAGCUGACUCUUCCUGUUCCUCAACUACGUCGUUCUUCUCCACCGGGUCUGCUGGACUGUCUUCUGCACCCAGCACCCAAUCAGCAGAUUGUAGUCCAACAGGGGAUCAGUUAUUCCAACGAGUGGCUCUGUUUCGUGCCGGAUUGGCUGCCCAACCCAAAUCAGAUGCUUUGCUCAAACAAUCCUCCGGUCCCGUCGGUCCAAGUCAGCAUUCAUUGUAUGAUGGAAUGGAAUUUUCCGAAUUAUCCAGAAUAGUAGCUGCCUCUGACGUGCUAUCCGCACAAUCCGUCGAUCUGUUAAGCAAACGAAUUGCUCCUCUUGCAGAGGAUGAAAUCGGUGAACACACGAUCAAACAGGAGAAACGUCGGGACUGGGAUCCCCGACGUGAACGAGAAAACUCGCCAAAUCCUAGCAACGAUGAGAGUGAGUUCGUUUUUGUUUUGUAUUCCUCCCACUCUCAAAUUAUCUAUAUGUACAUUUAUCACCGUCAACGAAUUAUACCAAUUCAUCGGUCCCAAAUGGCCGAUGAUGGAAAUUUACUGUGCUUAUUAUGUUCAUAUCUCCAUAGGCUACUGAUAGAAAAUCCAGGUUUUCAUCGCAACUGGUACACAAAAGUAAACAUUCAAUGCAGUUGA